AUGGACAACAAAAGACUGUAUAACGGUAACCUAUCCAAUAUCCCUGAGGUUAUAGAUCCUGGGAUUACAAUUCCAAUUUAUGAAGAGGACAUUAGAAAUGAUAUGUGUUUGAAUACAAACGCUCGUUCUGUGAGAGUCUCUGACAAGAGAGACCGUUCUAGCUCCACUUCCCCACAGAAAAUUGGCUCAUACCGUACUCGUGCGGGCAGGUUUUCUGAUACUAUAACCAAUCUACUUCCUUCCAUUAGCGCUAAAUUGCAUCAUUCAAAGAAGAGUACCCCUGUAAUUGUCGUUCCUCCUACCAGCAGUACUCCAGAUAGUUUAAAUUCUACGACGUACGCUCCUAGAGUGUCCAAUGACUCUUUUACAGUAGCUACUCCGCUGUCGUUGCAGUCUACUGCCACCAGAACAAGAACAAGAAAUAAUACUGCAUCUUCUCAGAUGACUUCAAGUUCUUCUUUGACUACUGAUGUAGGUAAUGCCACGAGCACUAAUAUUUGGAGUGCGAAUGCAGAAACUAAUACGUCUUCCAGUCCCUUGUUUGAUUAUCCUCUCGCCACGUCUUAUUUUGAGCCAUUGACUAGAUUUAAAUCCACUGAUAAUUAUACCCUGCCCCAGACAGCUCAAUUGAACAGUUUUUUGGAGAAAAACGGGAAUCCGAACAUAUGGUCGAGUACGGGAAACAGUACCACUGACCACCUUAACACCCCGAUAGUUAAUAGGCAGCGCUCUCAAUCUCAAUCUACCACAAAUAGGGUUUAUACAGAUGCACCCUACUAUCAACAGCCUGCACAAAAUUAUCAGGUUCAAGCGCCUCCUAGGAUUCCAAAAAGUGCUUCAAUAUCCCCCGUUAUCCUUGAUGAUGUCGAUCCGGCCUCAAUCAAUUGGAUUACGGCAAAUCAAAACGUGCCACUAGUCAAUCAAAUAUCGACGCUUUUGCCUACUAACACAAUAUCUAUUUCAGACGUGUUUCCAUUACAGCCUAGUCAACAACAUCAACAAAACACUAUAAAUUUGACGAGUACUUCCCUAGCGACUUUAUGUUCGCAGUAUGGCAAAGUUCUUUCUGCGAGGACGCUUAGAGGCCUGAAUAUGGCACUAGUUGAGUUCUCCACAGUUGAAAGUGCAAUAUGUGCCCUGGAGGCUUUACAAGGUAAGGAACUAUCCAAAGUGGGCGCGCCAAGUACGGUGUCUUUUGCGCGAGUUUUACCCAUGUAUGAACAACCUCCUAACGCUAAUGGUAUCAAUAAUACUCCCAAACAACCGCUGUUGCAAGAACAGUUGAAUCACGGGGUGCUCAACUAUCAACUGCAACAACCAUUACAACAAGCGGAACUACAACAACAACAACAACCAACGUCUUUUAAUCAGCCAAAUCUUACAUACUGUAAUCCCACCCAAAAUUUGAGCCAUCUGCAGAUAUCUCCAAGCGAAAAUGAACCUUACCCUUUCCCGUUGCCUCCACCAUCGUUGGCAGAUAAUGAAAAAGAUUUAUUGAACACUAUAAGUUCUUUUAAAUUGGAAUAUGAUCAUUUAGAGUUGAAUCAUCUUUUACAGAAUGCCUUCAAAAAUAAAGGAGUGUCUGAUACAAAUUAUUUCGGCCCAUUGCCAGAGCACAGCUCUAAAUCGCCGAAGAAAAAGUAUGUGUUUGAUCCACCAAAAUUACGGGAAUUGAGGAAGCAGUUUGACUCAAAUUCAUUAUCUACUAUAGAAAUGGAACAGUUGGCAAUAGUCAUGUUGGACCAACUACCUGAAUUAAGUUCAGAUUAUUUGGGUAAUACCGUUAUCCAAAAACUGUUUGAAAACUCGUCAAAUAUCGUAAGGGAUAUCAUGUUGAGGAGAUGUAAUAAAUAUUUGACAUCUAUGGGUGUGCACAAGAACGGUACUUGGGUCUGUCAGAAGAUUAUCAAAAUGGCAAAAACGCCAAGGCAGGUAAAUCUUGUAACUUCAGGUGUAACCGACUAUUGUACUCCACUUUUCAAUGAUCAGUUCGGGAACUAUGUUAUUCAGGGUAUUCUAAAGUUCGGUUUUCCCUGGAAUAGUUUUAUUUUUGAAAGCGUUUUAUCUCAGUUCUGGACAAUAGUUCAAAACAGGUAUGGAUCCCGUGCUGUAAGGGCUUGUCUAGAAGCAGAUUCCACUAUCACCCAAUGUCAAUUGCUUACUAUCACUUCGUUGAUAAUUGUACUUUCUCCGUAUUUAGCCACGGACACUAAUGGCACUUUAUUGAUCACUUGGCUAUUGGACACUUGUACCCUACCUAACAAGAACUUGAUUCUAUGUGAUAAACUGGUAAAUAAAAAUCUGGUUAAAUUAUGUUGUCAUAAACUAGGCUCUCUGACAAUCUUAAAGAUUCUCAAUUUAAGAGGUGGCGAAGAGGAAUUAUUGUCGAAGAAUAAAAUUGUCCAUGCAAUUUUUGAUGGUCCAGUUUCUAAUGAUUCUAUCUUGUUUCAAAUACUAGAUGAGGGUAAUUACGGUCCAACAUUUAUUUAUAAGGUUUUAACCUCGAGAAUCCUUGAAAAUAAUCUUAGAGACGAAGUUAUAACCAAAAUUCGUCAACUGAUUUUAAAUUCUAAUAUUAAUUUGCAAAGUCGUCAAUUAUUGGAAGAAGUUGGGCUAUCAUCAGCAGGGAUAUCACCCAAACAAUCCUCCAAGAACCAUCGCAAACAACAUCCUCAGGGAUUCCAUUCUCCCGGGCGUGCAAGGGGUGUUUCCGUUUCCAGUGUGAGAAGUUCAAAUUCAAGGCAGAAUAGCGUUAUACAAAUGAACAACGCAGGUCCAACACCAACGUUGAACUUUAACCCAGCCCCGAUGAGUGAAAUAAAUUCCUACUUCAACAGUCAACAAGCGAUGUACUCCGGUAAUCAAAAUCAGAAUCAAAAUGGCAAUUCUAAUGGAUUUGAUGAACUUAAAUCACAAUUCGAUUCAUUUAGAAUUGCUAAUGGAACAAAUUUAUCUCUUCCCAUAGUUAACCUACCAAAUGUAAACAAUAAUGAUAACAACCAUAAUAGCACUAGUUAUUUGAGUCAAAUGAAUCCCCUAAGUCGCUCAGUGAGUCAUAAUAACAACAAUAAUAACAAUAAUUAUAAUAAUAACAACAAUAAUGAUAAUAACAAUAAUAAUAAUAAUAAUAAUAAUAACAAUAACAAUACCGCUAAUAUCAAUAGCAAUAAUGAUACAAUUUUGUCCCGGUACAGCUCCUACGGAUAUUAG